CUGUCAUUGAAAUUAGAGUCGGGUGAUGAGGUUUUUUGGUUCGGUAAUUGGGUAUUUUAUAAUUAAUAAAUUUUAUAUGUAUUCCACAAAGUAAUACGUUUAAUUUCAAUACUUAAAAACAAAUGGAAAAUUUAUUGUAAAGUACAUAUCUGUCAAGCUUUUUAAUAGGUAUCUAAAUAAUUUUUGUCGAGACCCCGGUUUCAUGACUACAAGAGCACGGUGACAAAUGUAAAAAUGUUCGACUUUCAAGUUUUUAAACAAUCUACGAUUGUACAUUUGUGUUUCGCAAUAUCUUACUUCUCAUCCGGUCUGUUGCUGAAUUUGGUGCAGGCAGUUUUGUACUUUGGUCUAAGGCCUUUCAAUAAAUCAUUGUACAGGAAAAUUAACUACUACCUUUCAUACUCAUUUUACAGUCAAUUAGUGUUUAUGGCAGAAUGGUGGUCAGGAACAACAAUGUCCAUAUACAUAAAAAAAGAUGAAUAUGAUAAGUUUUAUGGCAAAGAACAUGGUUACCUUAUUAUGAACCAUAGUUACGAAAUAGACUGGCUCAUGGGAUGGCAGUUUUGUGAUGGCAUUCAAGUUUUGGGGAACUGCAAGGCUUAUGCAAAAAAAUCCAUACAAUACCUCCCUCCUAUUGGAUGGAUGUGGAAGUUUUCAGAAUUUGUGUUCCUUGAAAGAUCAUUUGAGAAAGAUAAGGAAAUUAUAAAGACCCAGAUAACAGAACUUUGUGAUUAUCCUGAUCCAGUAUGGCUCUUGAUGACACCAGAAGGAACACGGUACACUAAGAAGAAACACGAGGCGUCAUUGAGCUUCGCAAAGGAGAAGAACUUGCCUCUCCUCAAACAUCACUUGACGCCUCGCACAAGAGGUUUCACCACCAGCCUUCAGUUCUUCAGAGGAAAAAUACCAGCCAUUUACAAUAUCCAGCUUGCAUUCGGCGAAAGCAAGACACCGCCGACUCUAACGAGUUUAUUGUAUGGAAAGCCGGUCCGUGCACAUUUGUACAUACAAAGGAUUCCGGUCGAAAGCGUUCCGGAAGGUGAGGAGGAGGCCACCAAGUGGUUGCACGACCUCUUUGUUACAAAGGAUAAAAUGCAAGAUUCUUUCAUAAACACCGGCGACUUUUUCUUGCAAUCCGGCGUGGAGAGGGUCGAGCCGUUCAGCGUGGGCCCCCGCAUCUACUCCCUGGUCAACACCCUGGGCUGGGCCGCGGCCACUCUUACCCCUAUGUUGUACUGCCUGCUGGGGCUUUUGUUCAGCGGGAAACUUCUGUAUUUCUCCAUUGCUGCCGGAAUUUUUGGCGCCUUCUACAUUCUACUUCAAAAAUCGAUUGGGAUGUCGAAAAUCAGCCAGGGUUCUUCAUAUGGAACAGAAAAGAAGUAACGAUAACCCUAUGUAUUUAUUAGGUAUACUAGUGUUUGUAUACAAUUUUUUUAACAAUUAUUAUUUAUCUCGUGCAAACAAAAUCAUGUUUUGUAUUAUUUAGUCUUGAUAUGAAGUAGAAAAUUAGAAGUGACGUUUAAUAAAAAUCGCAAUAAAUUGUAUGUACUAAACUAUUGACUUCUUGUUGGUGUCAGUUCUUUUAAAAAAUAUUUUUGUAAAAGAAUCUAUGAAAUUAGUUAAUUGAUUAGUAUACACAAGUACCGAAUAUGUCAAACUAUAAAUCUAUACUGAAUGUAUAUUUUGACGUUUUUGUCUUGAUAUUAUGUACAAACAAAAUUAGUACUACAAACAUUUAUUUUCUAUAAACAAUGUGGUGUUGAGAAUAGUAUUUUCUUACAUUUAUUGUUUGUAAUGUUGUUAUGUGUUGUAAAUAGAAAAUAAAAUACGAGCAAAAAAUAAGGCUACUCUUUUAAAAUAUGCUGUAGUGCACAAUUGUUUAUACAAAUGUAAGACUUUAUUUUAACAGUUUAUUAUAUGUUAUAUCUAUUAUAUGUUGUAACUACUACGAAAAGUGUUAUUUUAUAAAAAAAUAACUUUUUUAUUUGAUGACAUUUUGUGUAAUUAAUUAGCAAGGAAGUUGCACAAAUAGUAACAAUAGCACAAAUGUGUUUUUGUGACAUAAAAUAUGUUUGUUGAUUUGGGGUUUUAUUUUCAUAAACAUGUAUAAGAAUUAGUUCAGUAUCCAAUCGCGGUGAAAUAAAUCAUUAAAAUAAAUAUUUGAUCGUAAUAGGGAUAUUCAUUCAAAAACAAAGUGUUAUGUGUCAGUUCUUAAAAAUAAAUGAUGCAUCCAAAUGUGUACCUGUAACGUAUCUCAUUUAAGGCGUGAAUUGCGUCAAGCGGGCCCACGCGACUGUUUCUAGCCAUCUCUUUCACAAAUCUUGCAUGGAACAGAAAUAGACGGUACCGCUUAACGCAGCACUCGCUUUUAGGGUUCGUUAUAAAAAUGUGUUCACGAUUUUUCAUUUGUGUAUUUCUUUGAUUAGGGUAUUUAUACUUUGUGACGAUUUUGUGUUCCUUUCGGAAUAUUAACAUCACAUUACCCUUGCUCCAUUGUUCAUAGACUUAACCUUUUAUUUACGGUAAUCAAGCUUUGCUAAAAACCUUGAUUGCUUCCUUUAAUUUUUACAGCUUUUGUUUCCUGUUGUUGACUUAUCCCAAAAGCAGUCUUCAGCUAUUUUAUAUUCAAACGCUAGCCAACAUUUACAAAGUAUAAAAAUCUUCUCCUUAUGAUAUUAGAAUCAUGUGGUUGGUGUUAAUUAGUAGAGGCUUAGGACGUUAUUAGACAUGUUUAAAAAUAUUUUAUAACAUUUUGGUUAUUACGUAUUACUAGUAACUAACAUAGUUCCAGUAACUAAUUAACAUUGCUAGAGAAAAAUAGUUUUUUACUGAUUUAUAUGUGAUUAUUUACGAACGAUUACGAUUAUAAACUAAUAAAAAUUAAGCGUAUGGUGCCAAAUUAUUCCCAUAACCGCACCAAUGUAUGUUUCUAAUAACUUUCAUUUCAUUACUUAGUACACAAAAUGUAUAAUGACUUAUUGUUAAGCUAACAUUUUAUUACUCAUAAUUUUAAUCAAGGAGUGUGGGCAAUUCAAACCAAAAUAAGUUCUCAAGGUUGACUCAUAACAUACGAAAUAAAGUUUUAUGUAACAUAGUGUAUUUUUUGAUACCAAAAAUUAAAGGAAAAAUAUUUAUAAUACUUUGUGAUAUUUAUUAUUUCAUUGACUUUCUCUGUAUUAGUGGUUAUCGGAAUAAUGAAAACCUUAGUCUCUGCCUAUGGGAAACAGGCGAGACAAUAAUGUAUGUUAUUUCUUUCUGAAUAUCCACAGAUGUCCAUAGUGUCAAUCUUGGGGCCACAAGGUCCUGAGAUCAUAAUCAUCAUUUCAAAUUCACUCGAUUUUCUGUUUGAAUAAUAAAUAGGCAUCGAUUUCCAUCUUGAAAUUAGGAGAAUUUUUUAUAGGGUGUUGUAGAAACAUUUAUUAUCCAGCAUUUUGUAUGUUACCAACCUACGUAUUCUGGUGUGUGAUCCAUGUCAGAAUAAUAAGAUGUACAAAAAGAAAAAUAAAAAUUAAAGCUAA